GACCCAGCGUACACCGAUAUAAUUAUUUAUGUUAUCUUGUAACGUAGCUUGUCGUCCAUUUCCAAUUACAUUUCAAUUCAUUACAUAUUCAUUUUUUAUUUAUUGUUUGUCACCGCUUAGUGAAGUAAUUAACAAAUAAAUACCAAAUUGUACAAUAUUAAUAGUCGUUCCAGUGUAGUAGGAAUGCCUUGGUGUAAACAACAAAUAUCAGACGCUCGGCCAGUCUUUCCCUAUCAGUCGCCUUUUUGUCAAUAAAAUGUCGUAAUGUCAUCCUGCCUGGCAUUUUAACAACAAUUAGUCUCUAUUAACAAUCGUAAAAGUUAUUUUCGCUUGCCUUAACCCAUUGUGGUGGUAAAAUGAAACAUUCGUUUACUCCUGGUGACCUUGGUUGUCAAUUGUAGCUUGACGGUAACCGCCUCAUUUCAGUCCUAAUUGUGUUAUUUCUUUGGUGAAAAUGGAAGAUGAAGACUAUACUGAUAUUUAUGGCAACCCGAUAUCUCUGGACUGUCAAAAGCACUGCGGCUUUUGCCGGGAGUUUACUGUCAGCUCGCCUAAAAUGUCCAUCGGCAAGGUGAUGGGAUAUACUUGCGCCGUUUGGCUAGCUGCCUAUGCCGUGUUCUUCAUCACAGCAAAUACAGCUGUGCUGACUGGCGCCAUCCUGCUCACCCUGUUGGGAAUGAUGCUACAUAUUCACUUGGUGAAGGUGGACCACGAGUCGGUGCUCGUUAUCGGCUCUUUGGGCAUCCAGGUAUCCUCCAGCUAUGCGUCGGGACGGGAGACGAGCACCUUCAUUGAGAUGAGCCAAGUAAAGGAUGUGGUCAUCAACGAAGCCAUCUAUAUGCAUCAAAUCAUCUACUACCUUUGCAUACUGCUGAAGGACCCCUCAGCUCCUGAUGAUGUGUCAAGUGUGGUGCCAUUGUUUCAGAGCUCAAGGCCAAGGCUGAACUGCUUGGUUGAAGUCUACAAAAGCUGUCAGGAGAUUCUGUCAAACUGCUGACACCUCACACAUACACUGGACGAGCCUUCUUUAUUAUACUGUAUAUACUAUUUUAUUUACUAAUUUAAUCGUAAAGGGGCAUUUUUGCUAUUUUCCAUCCAUCCAUUUUCUGAUCCGCUUUAUCCUCACAAGGGUUGCGGGGCGUGCUGGAGCCUCCCUUGAUUAUUAAGUGCAUAAAUUCAGUCACACAGCAUUAUGUGCCAGCUUUGACAUUUUAGCAUCAAGAUCUGUAAAUCAACUUGUAAGUCAACAUUUGUUGACUAACUUGGCCUGAAUUGUUUUGCGUGCAUUCUUGCAGUAGGGGGCAGCAUUUUACCACACACACUUACUUGAAUCCGUUGAAUGAGUUCUAACACUGUGAUGUCAUUCAUGUAGGAAAAAUAAUACAGUAAAGCUCUAUCUUUUGUAAAUAUAAGGAGCAAUAUUUUGCUUUUGUAUCCAUUAAUAUAGAUACAACUUUAUGACAAUUUUAGACCAUAUUUAUCACCAUCAUGUUCUGUUCUUGUGUAUCUCCAGCAGGUGACAGAGGAGGGCCUCUCCUCCAGGUACACACUUAAUGUUCAUGUAAUCAAGCCUACUAUUUAAGAAGUUCUCUGUCUUAAUGUUUCUGUCGGAAAAUUCGCCUUCUCACAGCUCUGCUUCCAAGACCCGAAUUAUUCUAGACGUCUCAUCAUAUUCUCCGUUUUCUGAUUCUGCCAAAUUGUCUUCGCUUACCUUUGCAAGUGUUUUGUUGUUGUUAGUCACGGGUUCUGUAUUGUAAAUUUUGUUGUCCUUUGUCGGCCUUGCGACCUGUUUUUUUUUCUGUCAUAAAUAUUUUUGUUCAUUCUUUCCGAGCACACGUUUCUGGAGUCCAAUUCUAUUCGGUACGGAAGUUUCCAGAAAUCUGAUAACCACAAUGUGCACAUUAAACAAUGAGGCUUCUUGU